AUGCCACAGGCCGAUUUCGGGUCCUACUCCCAAGAUGUCACUUUUGUGCACAAUUGCUUUCGCUUAUUCAGUAAUUGCGCCAGUCAUAGUGGCUUGGCCUUACUCGCGUUUGCUUUAUAUUAUAUUGCUUGGAAGUUCUUGUUCCUUUGGGUUUACGACCAACCUGAGCCUCAAGAAACUGGAGGGUUAUACUUUCCGCUUAUUGUCUCAAAUCUCUUCGUCGGACUGUACAUCGAGCAGCUUUGUUUGGCUGGGUUAUUCUUCCUGGAUGCUCGUAAAACCUCGUCGCUAGUCUGGGAAUCUUCAUGGUUAUCUUGCUCGUUAUCACCAUUGGAGUCCAGAUCCUGUUGCGCAAUCGUUCGAUCCAAUCACGAAUUUCCUGCCUAUGUCCAUUGCAACAAAAUCACUGCAAGACAGACAACGCCGUCAUCAAAGACAAGCCAAGGCCCUGCACAUGCCGUUACGAGUGAUAUAGAAGACGAGGAGAUGGAUCUUUUCAAGAGAGAUCGCCUUCAGACUUUGAUCCGCCGAAAGACAAGGACACAGGGUUCGCUCCUCCAGCGCCAGCAGGAGAGCCCGGCACGAGCAGGAUCCCCGAUUCGGCCCUCGAUUGGGAACCCCAAAACUCUUGACGCGUUCAAAUACUCAGGACUCGGCCAGGUCCAAAAGUCCAAUAAAUCGAAGAAAUCGGACAAAGAUAGGAUACAAAUUGCUCCAGCAGCUCCUGCGCAAAAAUCAAGUAUCGCUGGAAAUUCUAGCUCUGAGGAUGAUUCUGACUUGGACGAAUUUGCGUUUGAUCACCCGAACACAUACAAGGAUGCCCCGUGGAUAUGGAUCCCCCAGUACGGUGUUGUUAAAGAGUUACAUGCGGCAAAGGUAGAGGCCUCUGACGAAGGUGCCGAGAUGGACGAGAAAGGAGUGGUCAUAGUUAAGAGAAACCCUCCCGAAGAAGCCUGGAGCGGUGGUUUAGACAUAUAA